GGGGCACGCACCGGCUAGCUGUCCCGCAGAAUCGCCCCAAAGAGUCAGAAUCUGCGCGACCCCGGGUCAGCCAGCCCUGGAAGCUGGGGGCAGAGGACGGCUGGAUAUAGGGCCAAUAGACAGACAGACAGGCCGGCGAUUUUCUGGAGCGAGCUCGCCGCGGGCAGAACUGGGGACCCGUGUUCUCCUAGCCGUGCUCAAUGCCCCUCCCCCGCACACUUCGGGGGAAGUUUCCAGGCACAGCCUGGGGCAGGUCACCUGCCAUUCAUAAGAACCUGCCCCCCAGGAAGAGAAAACACUCUGGAGGAAUGCCAGUCUGCCCAUCAACGAGGAUCCCAUGAUGUCUUCUAAUCUCCAGUGUAGCUUCAUGCUCUCCACCGAUACAACUCCAACUUUCUUUGGUGCCAUGGGAAAAACCUGAAGCACGAGCAGAAUUGCUUCCAAACUCACGGCUGCUUCAGUGUUGCAUGACUGGUGCAGAACAGAUGAUUGGAAUUUGCUUUUUGGGGGGUUGUCCUUUGUGUUUGAACCAAAGAAUGGGCCUCAUUCUCUAGUGUGUUGCUGUCUGCUCUCCUUUGCGUUUAUUUAUGUUGCUUGUGCCUUCUCACCAUAGGAUACCCUUAAAGUUUCCCAGCACACUCCUUGAGGGCUGGUCCAUGGCUUUCUAAGCCAGCUGUCCAAGGGCUCUACCAUGAGGCACUGCAUUAAUUGCUGUAUACAGUUGUUUCCUGAAGACACACGCAAACAAAUUGCCUGUCAAGGAGGUCCCCAUCACAGUCAUCAGGUGUGCCCCACUUGCAAAGGAGAAAACAAAAUUCUGUUUCAUGUGGACAGUAGGCAGAUGAACUUGCUUGCUGUUCUCGAAGUGAGGACGGAGGGCAAUGAGAACUGGGGUGGGUUCUUGCGCUUCAAGAAGGGGAAGCGAUGUAGCCUGGUGUUUGGAUUGAUAAUCAUGACCUUGGUGAUGGCUUCUUAUCUUCUAUCUGGGGCUCACCAGGAGCUUCUGAUUUCAUCUCCUUUCCAUUAUGGGGGUUUCCCCAGCAACCCCAGCUUGAUGGACAGUGAAAACCCAGGUGACACAAAAGAGCAUCACUACCAACCUUCUAUAAAUAAUAUCUCCUAUGUGAAGGACUAUCCAAAUAUUAAGCUAAUUAUCGACAGCAUCACUGCCAGGAUUGAAUUUACAACCAGGCAGCUCCCAGACUUACAAGAUCUCAAGAGGCAAGAGUUGCAUAUGUUUUCUGUAAUCCCCAAUAAAUUCCUUCCGAACAGCAAGAGUCCCUGUUGGUAUGAGGAGUUCUCUGGGAGGAACACCACUGACCCCUACUUGACCAACUCCUACGUACUCUAUUCCAAGCGGUUCCGCUCCACCUUUGAUGCCCUCCGGAAAGUCUUCUGGGGCCACCUGUCACAUGUGCAUGGCAAGCACUUCCGCCUGCGCUGUCUGCCACACUUCUAUAUCAUUGGGCAGCCCAAGUGUGGGACUACUGAUCUUUAUGACCGCCUUCGGCUGCAUCCAGAAGUGAAAUUCUCAGCCAUCAAGGAGCCCCACUGGUGGACCAGGAAGCGCUUUGGAAUUGUCCGUCUGAGGGAUGGACUGCGAGACCGAUACCCUGUGGAAGAUUACCUGGACCUCUUUGACUUGGCUGCACACCAGAUCCAUCAAGGACUGCAGGCUGCCUCUGCAGAGGCGCAGAGCAAGAAGAACAAAAUCAUCAUUGGAGAGGCCAGCGCCUCUACAAUGUGGGAUAACAAUGCCUGGACCUUCUUCUAUGACAACAGCACAGAUGGUGAGCCACCAUUCCUGACACAAGACUUCAUUCAUGCCUUUCAGCCUGAAGCCAAGCUCAUCGUCAUGCUCAGGGACCCCGUGGAGAGGCUGUAUUCUGACUAUCUCUACUUUGCAAGUUCAAAUAAGUCUGCAGAUGACUUUCACGAAAAAGUGACGGAGGCUCUGCAGCUGUUUGAAAAUUGCAUGCUGGAUUAUUCCCUGCGCGCCUGUGUCUACAACAACACCCUGAACAACGCCAUGCCCGUGAGGCUCCAGGUUGGGCUAUAUGCUGUGUACCUUCUGGACUGGUUCACUGUCUUCAACAAGGAACAGUUUCUCAUUCUGCGUCUGGAAGAUCACGCAUCCAAUGUCAAGUACACCAUGCACAGAGUCUUCCACUUCUUAAACCUGGGGCCUCUUAGUGAGAAGCAAGAAGCUUUGAUGACCAAGAGCCCUGCGUCAAACACACGGCGUCCUGAGGAUCGUAGCCUGGGGCCCAUGUGGCCAAUCACCCAGAAGAUCCUGCAGGACUUCUAUGGGCCCUUCAACACGAGACUGGCCCAGGUCCUGGAUGAUGAAGCAUUUGCCUGGAAGACAACAUGAGAGCUGAGUUUCUUGUGCCGGAGCUGGGCCUGACUGACUCUGUCAUUGUCAUGACUUUAAAAGUCUCCUGGUGGAGAACUGUCACCUGCAGUGUGGAGGAAACCACUGGCGCCUCAUCCUUUCCUCCCAAGGCAAUAGUUCAUUGGGACUAUUUUGACAUAUUUCUUGCCAUGUUCAGCAGCUCUGGUCUUAAUCACUGGGUUCUUCCACCUGAAGCUUGGAAAGUACACUGGGGUUAGGCUUCUGUCUGUUCCUAGAGUGCCUUGGAGCUUAGGAAGACAGGCUGGCACCCAGAGGAGGCUUUGGGAAGCCACAGACCAGCCCUUAACUCCUACCUCCAGGAGAGCUUGUCUGGGUAUAGGUUGGACAGUUCUGGUAUCUGAUUAAGCCCAAGCUCACUAGAGGCCAUGUUUUGGGGAUUGCUAGAACCACCCUUCACAUGUUAUUUUCCAGUGCACCUUGCGUUAAUGGCUAACCCCAUCUAGCAGAGAACGGAGCUGCUUGGAGAACGGAGGCUCUUUUCAUUUUUGUUCAUAUUCCCAAGUCAGCCCUUCAGUGACAUCAGAAAUAAGCCCUGUUCCCUUUGCUGUGCUCAAAGGAAAACAAAAUGUUUUUGGCAGCACGCUCAUCUCUCUGACCUCCUGUUCUGCCCCUGUAGACUUUAUUUAUGCCCAGCAUAGAGAAAGAGCACUCUUAAACAAACUGCGUCUUGACUUUGACUGGCCCUGCCUCUCUCUUCUGCUCCUUGGGAUGUUUUCUCAACGAAUUCAGUUUAUAUUUGGAAAGGGAUGUUUUGCUGUUAGUGCCAGAAUAGAGCAACCUCAAGGCAUCGAACAGUUGGCGGAAAAGGAAGUGAAGCCCUCACCAUGUGUAGAGGGUCACCGGAGAGCUCGAGUUGCUUCAGUUUUUAGUUCUGGCUGGUUACAAGCUCCCUCCCUCCAUCUUCCUGUUGGAAGCACCUUUUAUCCACGUUCUUUGUCGUGUAUGGCCAAAGAUUGGUACUCACUAAGGAUCUCAAGACACCUGUGUCCUCGGAAACACAACUCACAGACUAAGCUUGGGCUAUAUGCAGUGUGUGGUGAUAAGGAGAUACUUUUGCUCUUUCCAGGCCUUUUAGGAGCUUGGUUUGCAGUGAAUAAGCUGAAGGUCUUGUCAUUACCAGAGAGAACGGCUUAAGCCCACUUGGCACAUAGGGUCAGGUGGGAGUGUCAGGAAGCUUCUCACUGGAGCAUCACCAAGGGAUGCUCCCUGUGAAGCUGUGUCCUCAGGUCAGGAUCCUGUCCACCAGCAUCAGAAAGUGUCCACACUACAUACCCGACUGUCCUUGAGCAUGUGAGAAGAGCUGGGCGUUCGCGGCAGGGGGAUGUCCAGUUGCUCAGCUGUGUGAGCCCUUCUGCUGUCCAGUCUUGGUGGAGAUGGGACUCUCAGCCCAUGGGAAGGUUCAGAGAGCUCUGGGCAUCAGCAUGGUCUGGGCCAGUUCUGCUACUGAAGGGGCUGUGUGUCUAGAAGUCCCCAUUCGAAGACAAUUCCCCCUAUUCUCACAGCCAGCAUUUGGCUCAGCAUCCAGCGGGGAAAUCUGGCCUGAGUACAAGGAUGCUUUGGGACGAAAUGAUUUAGAUAGUGUGUGUGUGUGUGUGUGUGUGUGUGUGUGUGUGUGUGUAUGUGUGUGUAGAGAGAGAGAGAGAGAGAGAGAGAGAGAGAGAGAGAGAGAGAGAGAGAGUAUUUAUUUGUGAUACUGUGUGUGGGCGCAUGCGUGUGGGUGCUUAAGCUGAGUGGGUUCCCCUCAGCUAUCUUGCUGAUGAGGCUUCUCCCUCCAUUAGAGACAUGAUGCCUUUAUGGAUUAAUUUCUCCAGUUAGCCUGUCAUCUUCAGGACAUAUCUUAACAACCCCACACCAACCACGAUUCUAAGAGAUUUUUCUUGCGCACUCCUAUGCAUGUGAAUAACAUGUAGCGUAAUUCUGCUUCUUACAGAAGUAUUGCCAAAGGUAUUAUUUCCAAUAUUAUUUGGUUCAUUGCUGAUCUUUUAAAAUAUACAGCCCUCUCUUUCUUCCACCUGGGGCUAUUCAUACCCAGUUUUCUCUCUAAUGGUCUCUUCCCAGGGGUCACCAGCAUUGCCUUUGCUUUUGCUCGGUUGAGGCCUCCUCUUGUUGAGAGCACAGGUUGUGUUUUGGGUGGUGGCUCUCUAGCCUGUCACCCCAAACCAAAGCAAAACACAGACCUGGUAUCGAAGACACUUCGUAUUCCCAAAGCUGUGUGCCAGGCUGUAUGAAACCUUCCCUCCCUUUGUCAUGUAAGGUAUGAUAUGCGAGUCACAUUUAUUCUGUACUUUUAUUCAUAUUUAACAUAAUUAAAGAUGGACCCACACAACGGGUGCCUGCAGAGAGUGGGCCCUCCAUCACAA